UUAUGUCCAUACCAUUAUGUGAGAUUCCCCAACACAUUUGUCUCUAUUCAAACCUACUGCGAUCGAAUUUAUGUUGGUGACAUCCAAGAGUCUUUUCAUUACUGCAAGUAUAGACGGGAUGAAAACCAACUUUACAUAUUCGCUGAUGAUUGUGUUUCGAGAUGGCCUAUGGCAUCAUACCACAUAGAUUUUGACACCAUGGCUGGUGCGGAAAAGUUUGGAAAUAUCUAUUUCGUGCGGUUGUCGCAAGACGUAUCUGAUGAGAUAGAAGAAGAUCCUACUAGCGGGAGGAUCAAGUGGGAGCAGGGUAAGUUGAUUGGAGCUCCCAAUAAGGUGGAAGAAAUUGUACAAUUUCAUGUUGGCGAUGUGAUCUCAUGCCUGCAAAAGGCCUCUCUUAUACCAGGUGGCGGAGAGUGUAUUUUAUAUGGAACUGUUAUGGGAAGUAUUGGGGCAUUACAUGCUUUUACUUCACGAGAUGAUGUUGAUUUCUUUUCUCAUUUGGAGAUACAUAUGAGGCAAGAUAAUCCACCUUUGUGCGGAAGAGACCACAUGGCGUAUAGAUCUGCCUAUUUUCCAGUUAAGGAUGUUAUUGAUAGGGACCUAUGUAAGCAAUACCCAACAUUGCCAAUGGAUUUGCAGCGAAAAAUUGCGGAUGAAUUGGACAGGAACCCUCGAGAAAUUCUGAAGCAACUCUUGAAGAUAUUGCUCAUAAUUCAAAUUCAACUUUCACAGAGCAGAAUCAAACAAAUAUGCGUUUCAAAUUCCUGAUAUGAGCCAAGAACAGGAUACCGACAGUCAUCAAUUCAAUGAUCAUAUAUCACAUGCAGUAACAAGCAAAACUGAUACAUCUCAUAUUAAUUUCUUUUGCCGUCAACAGGAAGCUGAGAAAAAAAUCAGAACUAAAAAAAAUGAAGUGAAUCAGAGAAGAAGGAAAUGGCUACCAAUAUCGGAAUAAUGGACGCCGAGUACUUCGUCGGUAGAUUUGAGAUUCUCUCUUGGAUCAAUUCACUUCUUCAACUCAAUCUCUCCAAAGUCGAAAAGGCUUGUUCUGGUGUUGUUCACUGUCAGCUUCUUGAUGCCACUCAUCCUGGAAUUGUUCUGAUGCAUAAGGUCAAUUUCGAU